UUUUGAGCCGCUGGUACUCCUCCAGGUCAACGUUCACCAUGCGUGUGAAUCAUUAUUCCAAUGACGUGCCAUACAAUUUCUAGUUUAAUUGGCGUCUCUGUAGCUGUCUGUCACGUAAUACCUGACGGAAAUUUCCAAACUUCUAAUCAGCUUAGAUAGAAGCAUUCCCGCGUCUACCGGCGGGGUAUGUUAUAAGGCAUGCGUUGGACAUGCGGCGGCACCUUUGCCCUUCCUUCCCCCUCCCACCACACAACAUGCGUCUCAUCGCCUUUUCUUGGGCUGUGACUAUUACCGUCUUAUUUUUCCUCUCAGGUGUCGCAAGUAUACGCGGAUCCGAUACUGUUGCCAAACGCUCAUCUUUCACAGAUAACAAAAGUCAGGCUAGCCAUGUUGAUGACUUUUUGCGUUACACCUCCAUCUUCGGAGGCGCAAAGCAGAAAUUCCUCGACAUCGUUAAGGGUCGCCUAGAGCAUUCCAAUUUCGAUUUCUGGAAGCAUGCAGAAUCCCUCGGCAAGAAAAUGCACACAUAUACGGAUUCCCUCUUAAAGGAUGCAGCAUCGCAAGUUUCAUCAGCUUCUGGGCGUAUUGAGGAUGUCAAAAAUACGAUGCAUACGCUCGUGUCCGCUGCUGCCCAUUUUGAGGCGGCUGUGAUCGCCCACGCCAAGGAGGGUACGACAUUGGAAGCAAUAUCUGAGGACUUGGACAGUGCCUUUGCUCCGAUUCUCGAGGAACUCCAGAAGAUGUUCCCUUCCCCCGACGAGGCAACUCAUCAUGCCGAGCGAAAUCGUACUAUCUACACCAUCCUCGCGAAGGUGGAGGAUGCUAUUGUUCGAGUUGGAAUCAAGCACGGAAUGAACGAGGAGGAUCUUCGCAAGCAUAUCGACCAAAUCAAUAUCCAUGUUGCAAAGGUUGUGGUGCUCGUCGGAGAUCUGUCGGAGCAACACCCUAUCCUACGAGACACAAUGAUAUUCGCUGUCGUGACUAUGCUGGUUCCAGAGUCGUGGAUCCUGAAACCACUCCUCCGCAUAUUCGGCUUCGGCCCUCGUGGUCCCAUCAAAGGUGUGUUCUGCAACUCAUCUUCCGGGUCGCUCAAUAUAAACACGUUCUGUAGGGACCCCCGUAUCCUGGGCACAGCGAUACUUUUACGGAGCAGCUGUGAGGAAGGGUAGCUGGUUCUCCCACCUUCAGCGGGCUGGUAUGACUGUUGUUCCACCUGGAACUGGGAAGAAGGUUAUUGGAGGUGUCGGUGCGGGUGUUGGCAUAGGUUUGAGUUUCAUGCGCUGUUAAUCAUAACGUCACUACCUCGCUCUCCGCUAUGUUUCUUGUUCUUUUUGAUCCGACUUGCUUUCACUCCUGUAGCGUUGUAAAUGCCUCGCUCAAGUACUUCCGUGUAAUUAUAUUGGUAUCUUCUGACAAUGGGCCAACGUACUGUACAAUAUCGAGACACUUGUAGUACAAUCCAGCAAAAGUCACAAAACCAAUCGGGUACGUCGCGCAUAGAUAUUUG